AACAGCGUCACUUCGUGUAUAUUCCUGUGUUUUUUCUUCAAAAGGAUUAAAACAACUCUUUGUAAUUAUAUAUAAAGAAAGAAUUACCUUAUUUUGUGAAGCUUGUCUACUUCCUGUCAUGUUUCACCAGGAUGACGCCGCUGCUGUCGACGUGAAGUGAAAGAGGAAGUGAAACUUAUCAAGGCAGCUGGUUGGAGCUUAUUAAAGCAAGAAGAGCGAAGAGAUAAAAACAACAGAAAGCGGACUUUAAAGUUGCUUAAAAAGUCAAGUACCCUGAUACAUCUCAGCAACAACAUGGAAACAGACUACCUGUACUUCAUCCUAACAGAAACACCUGAAAGCCCUCGACACAUUCAUCCUGGUCGCAUAUGUUAUAUCAGUCAAUUCAGUUACAAACUAGAGGUCACAAAACCUGCUCCUCUCACAAAGUUAUCGGUCUUUUUCACGGGCUCACAAUCAUCAAUAGAUUAUAAGAUAGACAUGAGUUGCUUGAAGGAACUGGGUCUAGAGGAAGCCCAGCUGCUGAUGGCCCUUCCUGAGGACAAUGAGCGGCUGAAGUGGUUCAAAGAGAGAGAUGCUCUCCAAACAGCUCUGACCCUCAGUGAAGGAGCCGCAGUGACUGUGGAGGAAGGAGGACAGAUGCUGAGAGGCAUUGUCCGCUACAUUGGAAAGCUAGCAUCUACAAAAUAUCCAGAUCCCAUUUCAGCGAGGUUCUUUGGAAUUGAACUGCAGGAAGAAGACUGUGGGAAGGGGAAUACAGACGGGUGCCACCAGUAUAGACGCCUCUUCGCCUGUAAGAAAAAAUGUGGCAUCUUUGCCCCAUUCAACAGAGUCUGGCCUGUGGUUCCCGCCUCUCCGCCCCCCUCCUCACACCCAGAAACAGAAGAUGUCUCCCCAGGAGACAGAGUCACUUACUUUGUCGAGGAUCACUUUCGCCAUGGAAUGGUGGUGGAAGUGCAGAAAAAGGGCGGAGAACAUGUUGUCCGCAUCUCCACAGACACAGAUGAGAACGGGAAGACAGGAGGCGAAGUUGAAGUUCCACUACAGGCUGUCGCUAAGGGGGAGAUCCCUGCAGAGGCAGAGGGCAUGGACUUCGACACAUCCCAAGUGGAAACAAACACUGACGAUAUAUACACAAAUCUGACUGUGGACUCGGUGGUCGAGGUGACUUUGGCCACAGGAAAUGGAUAUGGAAUCAUCCGCUGGAUCGGCACGCUGCCCGACCGACAGGAGAUCAUGGCUGGACUCGAGCUUGAGGAAGAAUAUGGAGUUAGUGACGGCACCUUCAAAGGUCAGCGUUUCUUCUCGUGUCCCCAAAGGAGAGCUCUGUUUGUGAAGCUGAUCUCUUGCCGGCCUGACUCACGGUUUCAGAGUUUAGCAGCCAAUUACAGCGAGAUGAUGCCAAAAUAUGAAAAUGCAGAGAGAGAAACCGGACACAACGGAGUGUUGCUGGACCCUGUUCCUCCUAUCACUGCAGAGCAGGUUAAGCAGCUUCUGAUUGGACGAAUGAAGGGAAUCCAAGGACACUGUAACUCCUGCUACAUGGACGCUGCGCUGUUCAGCCUUUUUUCCUGCUCCUCUGUGCUGGACUCCAUGCUGUUUAAAUCAACAAACCCUAGAGACGCCCCAAUCCAGAAAACGCUGCUCCAUGACAUUGUCAACCCCCUCCGCAGUAAGGGCUUUGUGGAAGGGCAGCACAUCAUGAAGCUCCGGCAGCAGCUGCAGAGUCAAGGCUACAGUCGCUCCUUCACCACAGACGAGAAGGAUCCAGAGGAGUUUCUCAAUGUCAUCAUGCACCACAUCCUCGCACUGGAUCCUCUACUCAAACUCUCAGCCGGUGGUAAAGUACAGGACAGUUACUGCUAUCAGAUCUUCCUGGACCAGAACCACAGCCUGGUUCUGCCUACGGUCCAGCAGCUGCUAGAGCAUUCCUUCCACAGCGCAGGACUCAAGCUGGCAGAGGUGCCCUCCUGCUUCAUGCUCCAGAUGCCUCGCUUUGGGAAGAAAUUCAAAAUGUUUGAUAAAAUCAUUCCCUCUCUGGAGCUGGACGUAACGGAUCUGCUGUCUGAAGGUCCUCAGCAGUGCAUGAUCUGUGGAAACUUGGCCCAGGUUGAGUGCACCGAAUGUUUUAAAGAUCCUGCUUUCAGCCAGACAGGAUUCAAAAUCUUCUGCAACACCUGCGCCGCUCAGGUGCACUCUCAUCCUCAUCGGCGCUCCCAUGAGUUGGUUAAUCUGGACAUACCUAAAGGUUACCUGGGACACGGCGUCCCUCACACUCUGACCAGAGACAAACUGGAGCUGUUCGCUGUGCUCUGCAUCGAGACGAGUCACUACGUGUCUUUCAUCAAAUACGGACCAAACAACCAAGACUGGAUCUUCUUUGACAGCAUGGCGGACAGACAAGGUGAGAGAGACGGCUUCAACAUCCCAGAGGUGCACGCCUGCCCCGAGGUCGGCAUGUACCUGGAAAUGCCCCCCGCGGAGCUGGCCAAUCAGGUGCCCCGGGACAUGAAAGGUGUGGCUAAGCGUCUCUUCUGCGAUGCUUACAUGUACCUGUACCAGAGCACCAGCAUGUGUCUGUACCGCUGAGGGGGGGGGAAACCUCAACGAUCAAACCCCCCCCUCCUUCCUCCUCUAAAUCACUGCACAACUUCUCACCGAGAGAAAAACAUGGUUGCCUUUACUUUUCAUGUAAUUUCCUUUUUGCUUGAUUAGUUUGUUUUCCAUUUAUGAAUGUAUGAAAGUACAAAAAAAAGAACAUUUAAAACAUGUGUGUGUAUAUAAAUAUAUAUAAUGUUCAGCCCUGGUGCUGGGAAGGUAUUAUGUAGCUUUAAUAACUGAUGAAAAAGUUGCGUUUCUGUUAUAUUGUACGAAAAAAAAGUAAAAACUGACACUGCUUGCGCAAUAAUUUUGAAUAAUAAUCUAAAGAGAUGUUUGACAGUCACUGAUUUUCAGAAUAUGAUGGCAAAGAUUGCACUCUUAAUUUUAAGUUUCCUCCUGCUGUUUGUUAAUUAUUUUUUUAUAUAAUUAUAUUUUACAUGUUUACAGUUGGGAGUGAAUGAGCUGCAUACAUAAAUAAAUUAGCUUAAAUCCAAAAGACAGCAGACAGAAGGCACUUUUGUAAAUAUACUGUAGUUUUCUCAGUAAGAUCAGCACUGUACCUUUAAUGUUUUUCUGGCUAAUUAGGGUUUAGGAUAUAUUGGCUGGACCAGUUACUUUACAUAUUUUAAUGAGAUUAGUUUGGAUUCCUAUUUGAUGAAUGAGGAAUAUUUGAUAUUUGAAUUAAACCUCAGGAAGUGAUGCUUUUUGCUCUGACAAUGUUUUGUCAUGUUUGGGAUAAAUGUAGAGUAUACGACAACGUUGGGAAAACUGCACUUACAUGGCUAAGCUAGUGAGCUGUUUCUAUUGCUAAUAUCUUUAUUGCUACAGAUUCUGAUAUUCAGUGAAGCGGAUAUUAUAAAUACAAUAAAUAAAAUGAUGGU